ACUAAAAAUAAGAAGUAGGACUAAAACUACGCCACAAAAAUGUAUAAUAUCAGCCCAAAUGUAGUGGGUAGCCCAUUUAGAGCUGUACAGUAGCAAUUUAAUUUGACAGAUUUAUUUAAGACACUACACCGUCAUAAAUGUGCACAGAUGUAUUUUAGCCAGCUAGUAGCCUAUCCGAGCCCUACAGCCAGCUAGUAGGGCUACAGGAUGAAAAAGGCUAAGUCUUUAAAUGUAAACUUUAUUUUAGUGUAAUUUUAUUUGAAGAGCCUUGCAUAAACGAUAUUGACCGUUGCUAUGAACAAGAAACAUGUUUCCUAAAUGUUUAAAUCAGGUCACGAUGUAAUCUUUAAUGUGGUGUGUGAUGGCUACCUUGCAUCAAUGACUGAGAUGUGCUUUGAUCGACCUAAAGCAUUUAGACAGCCUAUUCAAGAGUCUACCACACUAUUGUCCACUCCUACAACAUGUAUACAUACCGUUGUUGAUCAGAGAGAGUAUACAUAUAAUGAUUAUAGUCUCUUUACAUAAGCAACAUGUAUGCAGAAUAAAAUAUUUGAAAUAAAUACGGUUCUGUUUGGAAAAUCACAAAAAAUAGGCUUUAAACUUUGUUUCCAGAAUAUUAGAUUAAAUUAUAAGUAUUAUAAGUCAUAUGCUACCACCAGAAGUUCUCUGAUCUGUGGGCGUAGCCUACAUAUCCCUUCAAAUGAAAUGCUACCUUUUAUUUGUCAAUCUGUUCUGUAUCUCAAUCAAGUUUGAGUUCCCAAUUCUGCCCUCUCUUUUCUCAACAGAUCCUGCAAAUUUGUCAUCCUACCAACCCUCUUCUAGUUUAUUGCAAACAGAACCACCCAAAGGCACUUUUUAGAGCCACGUCUUUUCUUGUUUACUUGUCCUUGAUGUGUUUUACCUGUUAGCCGUUGUCUCUCACUGUCACUGUGCUUAUCUUUGUGUUUGUCUUAUUUGUUCAUCUUUCUGUUGCCUGUCUAUCUGUCUGUGGGUCUUCAUCAUGAGCGAUUCAGAGCUUGAGGAUCUGCUCCAGAGUUCUGAUGACCUGGUUCAUAAGCUGGACUUGCAAGAGGUGGAUGACUCGGUGGGUGGGCUCCAGAAAGAGCAAGCUACUGCACCUCUGCCAAAGGUUAAGUGGAAGAAGAGGGAUAGCGAUGGCAACGUAAUCCGAGUACCACACUCAAGGCGGAGUCAGUCUAACCAGGCUAGCUGCAGUCAGAAGUCUAAUCCUCCUGUUGAUGUUCCUGACACUAGCUCUGAGGUGGUCUUUGCUCCAGAGGCUAUUGAGGGGUUUUUACAAGACCUCCAGCUGUCUUUGUGUGAUGCCACAGGAGAUGAGAUGGAAGCACCAACCCCAAGACCUCUUGUGGCUUCAUCCAACUGGAGCACCAGAAAAACGAUCUUUUCAGAAAGCUGGAGGGCAGCAAGACCACAGCUGGUUAACACUGCAGUUGCACGAGAAAAUGUGGAAGCCCACAUGUGCCAACAGUGUACGAGCAAUUCCGCUGUUGUCCGUUGCCGUGAUUGCCGUCCACGCCCCUUCUUCUGUGCCGACUGUGAUGUCAGCAUGCACACCAGACACCCCCUCCACAACAGAGAUGGCAGUACUGCGGGAUUCUUCCAGCCAUUGCCCCCAACAACGUAUGUGUUGAAUAGGGCCCUUAUCCCCUGUGUGCGUUAUGUACCUGUGGAGAUCCCUGAAAAAAUCUGUGGUUGUCCAACAGACUCAUUAAGGAUCAAACCAGGAAAAUCUGUGGCUGUGAUCACAAUGAAUGGACGACAUGAGCUCAGCAUGCCAGAGUUGGCUUGCAGUGCAUGCAAAGCCACUUGGACUGCUGGAGUUGAGGAAGUUCUUAGGUGUGACUACUGGCCAGCUACACUUCACUUUGCCACAAUCUAUGAAACAGAUGUUUUCUUCUCAUUUGAAGAAUUGAAAAUGGCUGCACCUGGACUGUCCUGUCAGGCAUUUUUAAAAAUGCUCGAUCAGCGAACUGUCCGCUUUGGGCGUACAGGGAAAAUCUCAGGCGAUAGCUUCUUGAAAAGCUUCUUCGAGUGGGAGGCUGUGAGAUAUGAGGUGGACAGCCUCUGCAAGGAGGAGCCCUUCACCUGUCGAGCAUGCAGCCCGGAUAUGCUUGCGGUUUCUGUGGAUGGAAACCGCAAGCAUUACCGCUUCAAAAACGCAGCAAGAUCUGAGGAGCAGGCCAUUUUCAAUGACGUCUUCAUAGCAAAGGAUGAAGACGUCACACGAUUUGUCAACCAUGUUCACAGCACAACAAAACAUGUCUCCGGAAGAGGUGUUUGUGGCGGGGAAUGGUCGGCGGCUCGAGAGACGUCCCAAAAAUCAGCCAGCAAACUGGACGAGGAGGGACUGGAGCUGGCUGUUUGUCGUCAUGGAGUCCUCCUCUGUGCCCUCAACAUGUACAGGGGAGAAAUCUUUGCCUAUCCCCUUUUUCUCCAGGAAAAGCUGGCCAGUAGUAGUCCUACAUUCUUUUGCAUGGAUGUAGCCUGUAAGUACUGGCCAUACCUGCAGAAAAUCAUCAAAAGCUGCCCCGAGUUUCAACAUCUGCUGGAAAUGAAGCCCUUCCUCUCGGUGUUUCAUGCAAAAGCCCAUGAUUUUAAAUGUGAAAUCAAAUGGAGUGGAGCAUUCCUGGAGGGGGCUGGGUUAACACUUGGGGAGGAGGUGGAACAAGUGAAUGCCUUCGUCUCUAGGAUAGCAGUUACGACAAAGCACAUGUCAAAAGCAGGGCGUAACGACAUGUUGACACUCAUGGCCAUGCGGUGGAAUGAGCAGAAGAUGAAGAACUUGGCCACCUACCUGUCCCGCAGAUAUUUAAAAACCACAAAAGCUCUCGACAUGAAGACAAUGGAAGUGGAGUCGAUGAAGGCCGAGUUGGCAGCGACCGAUGGGCAAUUCGAGGACUGGGUCAGGGAUGUGAAGGAUUGGGCAGAAACAACAACCAGCAGCACAACAGACGCUGCUGCUUCCUUGGCCAGGAAGAUAGAGACGCUGGUUGUGAGUGUAAAAAGACGCUCCCAGCGACUUUACAAAGAACAGGACUCAAACAAAGGUCGCGCAAGGACACGCCGGAAGAUCAGGGAGGAGAAAGGGAUCUUGACUGCUGCUGUUCAGCAGUACAACGGAAUGGUUCCGAGCACAGAAACUCUGUGCUUUGAAACCAUUCUGUCUGAAGAGACAGCUUGGCCAUGGCAGCUACCUGGCAAUGACUCUGUCGACCUCAGGACGAAGAGGAGAGUUUUUGACGGUGUCAUGGCGGAACGGAGACUAAGGGAAGAAAAAAAGAUCCUUUUGUUAGAGAUGAACCGCCACUGGAGGUCCUUAACACUUCGUGGGGAUUCCUUAAAAGAGCUGAUUUGUAGCACAACAAUGCCAGAUUCACAGUGGGCUUUGACUGUGGAAGGAAUGAAAGGUCUGCAGAGCAUCGCCAAACAAAAGCUGCAUCGUGUCCGGGAAAUGAUGGCUUUGGCGAGACAAUGCUACCUCAAAGUUUUGACUGGAGCGGAGAACGUCCUUCCAAUCUUUUCAGAUGUGUAUUCCGACAGUGACUCUGGCUCUGACCUUGAGGAUCUGGAGUGAACAGGAAGUGAAAAUGGUUGUGAUGUUGUGUUCAAUAUUAAAAUAGAUGUUGAACUCGUGUUUGCUGUGUGUAGGUAUAUAUGACAACAUCCUGAAAAUUACGCUUGCAACUCCUUAUCCUCUGGCUGUUUUUGACUUAUAGAGGUGCACAAAGAUUUAUGGCACAUUGCACAAACAUCAAAUAGUCAAUAUUUUGCUUGGAUGUAAUGCAUACAUGCAUACUGUAAGUAUAGUAAUGGAAUAGUGAUGGCAA